AUGACUAUGGAAAAUUGUACGAACACCAGUAGCCAUUUAAAACACGUCACACUUACAGAUGUGUACGUAUCAGUAUUCGAAACUGUUCUACUGAGCAUUUCUUUCGUCCUCAACUUGAUCAUCGUCAUCAGUGUCUAUCGUAGCCCCCGUCUGCACACGUUCUCAAACAUCUUUGUGGUUGCGUUAGCCGUCAGUGAUAUACUCUUUGCUGCAGCCUAUGAGAUACCAUCUGCAGCCGUUCUAUACAUUGCAAGUACACAUCAGGAAUUCCAUUUCCCCCUAGCUUUGCAAUGCAUGUGUUUAUAUUUAUCUUUUUGCAGCAUGAUCUGCAGUCGGUGUUGUCAUUUGGUUGUUUCCGUUGAACGCUGGCUUUACAUCGCCUGGCCGUUUGUGCAUCCCAGAGUGAUAACUACUAAAUCAACCAUCUGUUGUCUGAUAUUCGUAUGGAUGAUAUCCAUGUUAUCAGGCCUGCAGUCUAUCACAGACUGUAGGUACAGUUAUGUCGAGUUCAUGAUUGGUUAUGCUACUGUGGAUGCCAGUGUCCACUUUGUUGCAGGUGGGUUAAUGUUGGCCAUUUAUGUCCACAUCGGAUAUAUCAUUGGCCGACAAAGUGUGGCUAUUUUUAAAUCUCGACUGGCAGCCAAUAGCAAUGAUACUGGUACCAUAAAUAGAAGAAUUACAUGCAAUAUUAUUCGCUUGCCGGUUACUAUAUUCGGGACGUUCUUUUUGUUUGUAACUCCUUUCGUGAUUGAUAAUUUUUACGUUUAUGUAAUAAUCGGAAGCCCAUCGUUUUACAGAAAUAAUAUUGCUUAUGAUGUUCUUAGAGUAAUAUCAUUGUUUCACACCUGGAUCAAUUUCUUCGUGUACGUGCUACAGGAUAAAGAUUUCAGGUCAGUUCUCAAAUGCUGCUUGAUAAAAAUCGGAAAGGGAAUUUUGCGUGGUAGAAUUCACCCAAUUAUUAAUUAA